AUGUUCUUCCCGAGUAAUCAUCGCGUUUGUGAGGAGCAAAGCGAGAGAGAAAAGGAGAUGGGAGAAAGCGCAGCACACUCGCACAGAAGAGACUCCCGCCGAUGGUGUCUUCAUGGGUGUCUGCGUCUUCCACUAUUGCCCCAUCUCUCUCACCGCGUGCCUGUAUCGAUCGGCGGUGGCCGUGUGUGGUUUCGUGUGAGUGCUUCACUACGGCGCCCGCAAAUCGACGUCUCGUUUUUGAAGCGACCAAACGAGAACAAUUGUCGUUCUCCACGACAAAACGGAUUUUCUUCCCUGUCAACUCUUGAAAAUACGCCAAGUACGUUUGUUUUACUCAUUUUUGCUUUAAACAGAUUGGAGGACAUGAACAAGCAGAUGCUUUCUUGCUCUCUUAAAGGAGCACGUCAAACGACCACGGUUGUAGCUACACAUGCACGUGGAUCAGACCAACAGGUCGAAGUCACCUACAGUGAUCUAAAAGUGGUCGGUAAUGGAUCUUUCGGUGUCGUCUUUCUUGCCAAGCUCCAGAAUGAAAGUAAUGAACAGGUUGCGAUCAAGAAAGUUCUGCAGGACAAGCGAUUUAAGAAUCGAGAAUUGCAAAUCAUGCGAAAGCUCUCGCACCCAAACAUUGUCAAGCUGAAAUACUUUUUCUAUUCUGGUGGCGAGAAAAAGGACGAGCUUUAUUUGAAUCUCAUCUUGGAAUAUGUUCCGGAGACGGUUUACCGAGUGGCACGCCAUUACAUCAAGCAACGGCAACAAAUCCCAAUGAUCUACGUGAAGUUGUACAUGUAUCAACUCUUCAAGGCCCUUGCUUAUAUUCAUGGAAUCGGUAUCUGCCACAGGGACAUCAAGCCACAGAAUUUGUUGAUCGAUCCAGAUACGGGUGUGUUGAAGCUCUGCGAUUUUGGGUCAGCUAAAUAUCUUGUCAAGGAUGAGCCAAACGUUUCGUACAUUUGCUCCAGAUACUACCGGGCUCCCGAAUUGAUAUUCGGUGCCACCAACUACACGAAUUCGAUUGACAUCUGGAGUGCUGGAACUGUCUUUGCCGAGUUGCUACUUGGUCAGCCAAUCUUUCCUGGAGAUUCUGGUGUUGAUCAACUGGUUGAGAUUAUCAAGGUGCUUGGAACGCCGUCAAAGGAGCAAAUUCAACACAUGAAUCCCAAUUACAAGGAGUUCAAGUUCCCUCAGAUCAAGGCCCAUCCCUGGUCGAAGGUUUUCCGAGCCACGACACCUCAAGAAGCUAUUGACCUGAUCUCACAAAUCAUCGAGUACACACCGUCGGCCAGGCCCACUCCGCAGAUCGCCUGUCAGCAUGCUUUCUUUGAUGAGCUUCGCAAUUCAGAGUCGAAGUUGCCAACUGGCCGAGCCUUGCCUCCAUUGGAUCACCCGGAUGUGGAAACGUCGCCAAUUGAA